AUGGGGUGUGCCCAUUUCUCCUGGAAGCACCCAGCAGCGGAAAGCAAAGGCAACAUCGAUGUAAUGAUAAGUCGAUCCCACAGUAUAGAGGAUGCAAACGCAGAUUUCUUGGCUUCCUGGAUGUGCAACGUUUGUAACAGGAGCGGCCUGCGCUUUUUCUACAAACAUGGUUUGUCAGGGUCUGCGGCACUUGACAAAGGCCGGCGAAGACUCCUGAGAGAUGCACUUGAGGUGGCCAGCUGUGUAGCAGCUGUCGCGGUUGCAGUUGCCGUCCAGACCGAGACACAGCUGGCAAGCGAAGUUGUUUGGGCCGCGCAGCACUCCAAGCCCAUCAUACUUCUUUAUGAUUCGUCACUCCCCUUUGACAUGCAGGCAUGGCAAGACAGCUUCCCGGAGCUCUUCCCUUCACAUGCCGUGAGAUAUUAUGGGAAGGGUCACGAAGCAUGCGCCGACGAACUGGUGCAAGCUAUUCAGUCGGUCAAGAUGGCCAGCUCGUCCCAGGCUGUUGGCGCACACGGCACGAGCGCCACGAAGACGAUGUCUGACGACGUGAUGUCGGACCUGUCUGACAGCGGAUCUGUGGAAGCACAAAGCUGCUUUUCUGAUGAAGCCUGGCAGGCCGCGCUGGAGAGGAUGCGGGAGUCGCAGCCCUCAGAUUUGCCGAAGAUUAGCUUCAAAGGAAUUCUUCGAAAUCGCGAGCGAUGGACCCGGAAGCAGAGUGCAAAGAAUGCCCCUUCACCAUUUCUGGAGGGAGAGGUGCAAGAAGCCGUUCGGUACGUCAUGCGAGCCUUACCCAAUGCUUCAGAAGAGGCAACCUUGGAGCUUCUUUGUGCCGGUGUCGGUGUCAGCGAGCGCGUGGUCUCGGCAUCCUUGCGUGUUUUAGCGGCGAGAAUGAGCGGAGUCACUGAGCCUCAGCAUCCUCAGCCGGACUUUGUGCAGGAGGUCUUUGCAUGGUCCCUUGCUGCACUGCACCGACACGUAGACAGUGUUGACGUGUGCACUUUUGGCAUGGAGUGCCUGCGAAUUUCGCAUGGCCUGCUGCAGUCUUCGGGUGCGAAGCCCAUGAAAAUCAGCAGCAUUGAGGCGGAGCACAUAGUAUCUGCGAUUCGGAGCUUCCCAUCAUGCCGAGUCUUGCAGAGGAAUGGUUUCUCGGUUCUCCUCCAACAUCUCCGAAGCCCAGACUCCUUCCGUGUGCAAGACAGCGCGGGAGCCAUUGCACUGCCGGGUGGCGGGCUGGCUCGCAUCCUGACGCGGGAAGGCGUUGCUGAGAUGGCCUUGAAGGCGAUGGACCCCGGAGACAGCGAGUUCCUUCGGGAAGUGUGCGCCGUAUUGCAAAUCCUGGCUGGCUCGUCGCGUCACGUAAAGGAGUUGCUGUUUGGGUCCAUGAAAACCUGGGUCCGCUUGCUGUCCGGUGAUGGUGCGUCCUUGGCCGUCCUAGAGCUACUAGCGGCCCUUGCAUCGGGCGAUGAUGAUGGGCAGGAAGCAGUUGGACAAGCCCACGGCAUCUUCGAGGCGCUCUACAACUGCUUGAAGAAAGGGCCUAGGGAGUCGGAGCAGGCGGAGCAGGUGCAGACUCUGCAGACCAGACAGGUCUUCACCCUGCUCUGCUUGUUGACGUCCCGCCACAGUGAGAACAAGAAAAGGUGUUGCUCCACGCUGAAUGCCGAAUUGCUGCGUGAGGCUGUGCGAACUUGCUGCUCUUGCCAGGAAAGCCCCGAAGUCCGGUUGGCUGCUGGUGGCAUGCUGGUCAACAUUUGCAGCGACCCAUCGAACAUCUCAACAGUCUUUUCAACUGGUGCCAUUUCAGCGGCAGACGCCUUGCAGUCUGCCACUGGGCCGGCCGAACUGCAGCUGCAGCGCUGUGGCACUGCCAUCAGGCAUCUGGCCGGAAGAGGACCAGAAUCCCUGGUGCAAUCCAGUGACGGCAGCCAGUGGAAAACUGUGGCCGGGCCAAGCAAUUCGGGCGAUCCUUUUGCAGGCCUUUUCGCUGUGCGUAAGAGCAUCCCGAUUCGGGGCCAGAAGGUUCGAGUCCCAGAAGCUGCCGAAGAACCGUCGAGGCCUCGGGACGGGCCGCGCGAACUGGGACCGAGUGAAGAGUCGAGGUCGGAGCAUCGCCCGGAGGAUCGACCGCGCGGACCUGGAUGGCAGCGACUUCCACAGCACUCCAGUUCGUCCAAGAAGCGGAGCGACAGCCAGGAGCCGAUGUCACCCCAGGAAGAACGCGAGAGCUCAGCGUCGUGGGGGUUAGGAGAGUGGGCACCCAGUGGGCUUGCCCCUCCUCUCUCAAGCUAUCCCGGGCUGAGCAAAGAUCUUUGGAUCGGGGGCAAGAGAGAAGAGCAGGAGUUGGAUGAAGAAGUCGACAAGGAUGCUGACGCAGAGCUUGUGUCGGUGCGCACUCAGGAGCAAUGGCACCAGGACGAGGAUGCCGCCGAAGCUCCUGAUCCCGGCCUCAUGCAGGCUGCGAAGCAGGUGUCGAAAGGGCGGACCCUGCGUGCGCAGCUGGAUGAACUCCGGGCGCAGGCACCAUGUCCAAAACCCAAACCAACUGGGUGGUUCGGACGAUCGACCGUGCGUCCGUCAGGGUCGAGCGGCUUUGCACCAGGGCCUCCGAGCACUGUCGCCGAAGACCGGCGAGCGAGGGCGGUCGCCCGGGAACAAGAGAUGCUCGUUUCGCAGAUGGCUCUCGAUGCGUCACGUCCUCCUUUGGAGAGAGGCGAAGUCGAGAUGGAUUUUCCCGUCCCUGCAAGUUCAGGGACGCUUGGAAAAGCCCGAAGCUGGUUCAGCCAAAGUUCAGCCGGCCAGACAAAGAGGGCCAGGUCCACAGAAUCCCUUCGAACGAGAAGCUCCAGGUUUCAUGUCUUCUCGAGCAGGGAGUUUGAAGACUGA